CUGUGCGCCAAAAAGCCGAUAUUGCCUCAGUUGGACCGUCUGCGAUGAAGAAAAUCAGAUGAAAUAUGAUGAUGAGGAUAAUAUGUUUCUGCGCACGUUUUUCGACGAAAGGAGGAAGCAGCAGAGCUGAGCUGAGAUAAACUGUAUCCAACCAAAGUGCAUUUAUUCCAAAAAGAAAUUAACAGCAGUAGCUCCAAGGACAAACAGGUUUUUUGAUGCAUCACCGUCCUACCAUAUGCUAAUAUUUUCAGCAUUACCCAGAAAAUAGUAAACACUUUGAGCGGGCGACCUCAUCAGCAGUCUUGCACCUGCACCAGCUUCUGCCAUGGCCCACCCUUACGAGCCUUGGUUAAGGACAGCACCACCAAGUGGCAGCCCAGAAGACAUGAACAUCCCCUCCUGGUGGGACCUCCACAGGGACGUCCAGUCAGGGAGCUGGAUAGACCUGCAGACAGGGCAGGGUGUCAGCUUGCCUUCAAUAAAUCCAGGGAGCUCCAUGGGGUUGCAGCACUCUUUAGGGCCCUACGGAUCUGACCCGCAGCUGUGCACCCUGCCUCCAGCUCAACUCGUUCAAGCCUCACACUCAUCUCACCUCUUCCCCCAGGAUGCCUUCAAGAUGGAGCCACUGGCCCCUGAUAUGCUGCAGCAAGAAUCGUUCUCCCUGGAGGAACCACAGGAGAACCCCGUCUCAGCCCGCCCCAAACCCCAGCGCCGCUCCACUCCCAGAGGCGGCGGCCAGGCUGCGUGUCGCUGCCCUAACUGCGUCCAUGCUGAACAGCUGGGCCAGAGCACUGACGACAGCAGGAGGAAGCACAUGCAUAACUGCCACAUCCCUGGUUGCGGCAAAGCAUACGCCAAGACCUCCCAUCUGAAGGCACACCUAAGAUGGCACAGCGGGGACCGGCCGUUUGUCUGCAACUGGCUCUUCUGCGGCAAGAGAUUCACACGCUCUGAUGAACUGCAGCGACACCUUCAGACACACACUGGUGCUAAGAAGUUCAGCUGCUCAUUAUGUCCUAGAGUGUUUAUGCGUAAUGACCACCUGGCCAAGCACAUGCGCACACAUGAGUCCCCGCCAGGACAUGGGGAGGAGAGGGUAAAUGGAGACGGGAGGAUGGAUAAGGGCUUUGAUACACCUAAGCCUCCUCAGUCCUCCUCCAAUGUGUCUGCGUCUGACACCACAGAGCCUCCGCUGAAGCUGAAAUGUGAGACAGACCCCUCAGUCUCAGGCGUGACAGGGCAGUCUGGCUAAUUUCAUCACUUUUAGAAGAUUUUUAUUGCAGUUAAAGGUGAACAUUUGUUCCCCUCUCAGUCAUUGAGGCGUAAUAGUUUUACAAUAGAAUAGAGAAUAGAAAAAAGGUUUGGACAAACUUUCUCUGAUGAAAGUUGGAUGGAACAGAGAGUGUGUUCAUCUGUCGUCCUGUGAAUUUAUCAAGUGAGCUAACUCAGUGAUAAUCUAAAUGUUAUAGCACACAGAAAAAAAGGAAUUUUACCUAUUUUGUGGCUACAACUUUACUCUGUUUACUUAAAAUGGAAGGUGGCUAAAGGAUUGCUGCCUGAGCUACAAAUACCAGCAGACCAAGAGACUGGGAUGAGAUUAACUGAAGGUGGCUCGUUAACUCGUUUACAAUGAAAUUAAUCAAAUGUGUUACUGGACGUUUUGGAGAAAUGUUUGACUCCAACACAGUUUAAUAUAACAAUUUCAAAGGCAGCAUGCUUUUGAAUGGAGAAAAGAGACAGUGAUACUUUUUGUCUCAAACUAUCACCAUAUGUGUGUGUAGCCUACUGUGCAAGUUGUGAUAAGACACUGGAAUAUAAUACAGCAUUUUGUAAUUUAAAAAGGACAAUAGCUAUUUGGAAGGUUGAAGGUUCAUGCCACAAAACUGUGUGUAUGUUGGUAUGCAAUGAUAAUAUGAUAAUAUAAUAUAAAAAAGGGAAUUCCAUGCACUACAAAGGCUCGUAUUUACCAAAGAAUUGUGUGUUUCUGUUGCCACCGUAGUUAUGAUGGUAAAACACUUAUUAAUACGAAUAAUCACACAGUAGGAGAAUGUGAACGUUGGUUUUAGGUUACCAGACGGACCACAGCAAUGCAAAGAAACAGGAAUUAAGUGUGAUGAUGAUGUGAAAAGAGUAAACUCACAGAUCACAACUAAUUGAACCUAAAAAUGAAAAGUGGUCAGAGCCGCUGAGGACAUAAUGUGAUGCCCUCCACUUCUGGCACGUAAGAACAAGAGAGAAAGCUGAGCUGCAUGAUCAUUAAUGCUGGACAUGGAGAAAAAAUGCUGCAUGGGCAAAUUCAUCUUUUUGCUACAAACACGACACCACAGGUCCGUCACUACAGGCUGCUGGUGCAGCUGAAUGAAACUCAGUUGGGUUGUUUACUACAGUGGCCUCUGCAGUCACAAGAUGUAAAGCUACACUAAUCACAAUUUCAAUAUUAACAAAGGAAAACAUUUGCCUGAGUAAUGAACUCUCAGAGUAUUAUCACUAAACUCUGCAGCUCUACUGAGUACACUAUUUACCGUUUUAGUUCAGUCUCACCGUUCUCAUCAAAAUCUUUACAUGGUGAUGAAAUGUCAAAGUUUUAUACACAGUUAGUUCUGCUGCCAUCAAGUGGCCAAAAAGAAAAUCCGCUUUUAAUAUCCCAAAUGUGCAACAGAAAAUCUUAAAAGAGCGAUCCUUAAAUUCAUAUCUGAAAAGGUUCAGGCGGUGGUUGAAGCAGUAGGUUGUCCUAUGAACACUAUCUAGGUGUACCUCAUUAAGUGGGUUUAUACAGUUCUUCCAAAUAUCAUCAGCUUGAUAACUAUUUGCAUGUCUGAUCAAGCUGUAGUCCCAAUCAUCAACAAACAAUAUGUGAAGGGUUUGUCUCUCAACACAUUUCAUUCAGAGCUGUUGGUGUGUCUGCAGUUUUUCCAUGUUCACUGACACUCAACUCAUUCAACAAAACACUUUUUGAAACAUGUCUCUGAAUUAGCAGAGAACGACUGUGUUUUCAUUGUAGUUAAUGGAAGAAAAUACAGUUUAACAACGCAAGCAUCAGAAUUUGUUUAGCUUACUUGUUUGGAAUAGUCAACUUUCAUAAUCAAUAAUAUGUGAUCAAUAGUUCUGUAGCAAGCAGUGUAGGCAGCUUUACAGUUUAAAACACUAUUAGGAUGUAUGUAACCCAUCACAGACACUAGGCUGCGAUUUCUAUAUAUUUAGGGAGUUUGCAUUAUUGGAGGCUCACAAUUGUUGUAUUUAUGUAUAGGAGAUAAGAUAUGGAAGACUGCUUAAACAUUAGUCAAUUGACUAUUUCUAUUAUUUCUAAUAAUAGAAAUAGUCUUCUUUUAUGUUGGUCGGUAGAACAAAAUGGACAACUUUGUUUUAAUUUGUUGAUGUAGUGAAUGUUUAGUUGACUGUAAUAAAAUAUGUUCUAAAACGUUUAAUAAGUUAAGUAUCAUGGUG